AUGAAGCGGCGUUGGUCACCGGCAAAUAUGCCACAGCUGCGAUCCCAACUGACCGGACCCCAUGCUGACUUGAUUCAUGCGUGUUCGUUCGCCAGAUGUGGAAUUCUAUUCUACAAAAAUCCCAUUCCAUCCGAUAUACUGUUUGCAUUCUUCUACCAACUGGACAAUCUGUUUUCCAUGAGCAAAGUGAUUCACACAAUUCGCAGUAUCAUGGAUUGGUUGGAUGCGUCAGAGAACCGGGCGUUCCAAGAACGAUCUAUCUAUGAAAUGCAUUUACAAAUACCCGUGAGUUUGGCCAGUGGUUUCCGAAUUCAUUCCACAGGAUGGCUGGUUGUUCAUGUCACUCUCUCACUAUCGGAACAGAAUUUUAUUGGAACCCUAUCAGACCAUCUGAAAGCGCUUAAACUGUGCGAUCAACUUCUCCGGCAUUUGGGAUCAGUCUAUCAUCGGGUUCGGCCGGAACAGAAGAUGGACCCAUUUGCUGUCCGAGCCAUUGUGGACUACUGCUCACGCAAGGGAACCGUCAAUAUGCGGGCAAAUCAAUGGUAUCAAGUGGUCAGCAAUACGAAUCCUCAUGUGUGGAAACUUGACGAUCCCACCCAAUUGGUACCGUCCAUUUUCCUCGAAGCGUCCACAAAAGGUGGUGAAGAGAGGAUGCUUCGAAGGCUUCAGAAGCGUUUUGACGAUUUCCUAAUCAUGUGCCAUGGACGAUCUCGACGCCAAUUAUUCUCUCGAAUAACAAAACAGUUACAGAAAAAUAACAAGGUAAGUCGGGGGUAG